AUGGAUCAUUACUACUCCAAAGAUUUCACCGACGCGAGAGACGUCUGGGGUCACAAGUUUAACUGGACUUGCAAUCAUCAAACUGGGCCAGAAAUUAACCAUCUGUUGUAUUCAUACGACAAGCUAGCUACAGAUGCCUUGGAUCGGUUGGACUACUUCUCUCCGCCUAGUUCCAAAGGGUGGAAGUGUCCCCAUGGCUCAGGCCCAGGACAAAGAGACCUUUAUGAGCUUUUGAGGAAACAUGCCAAUUCAGAUCAAGUCUUGGGUCAGCUAUGGAGAGAAACCUCUACAGUUCCUGAAUGGGUUGACUGGGAGCAGAUCGAGCGGGGACAGCAGGUGGUGUAUCAGUUUAGCGGCCAGAUUCUCUUUGGGCUCUUGUAUCAGUCACUUUUGGGCGGAAUGGGCGCAUACCGAGUCGUCGAGACUCUUUCUCGAACAGGAGGUUUCGGUGUCAACGUCACUAGACGCCGCCUCUUGGAAACUCUGCAGCAUUUUAUGGAAGUUGUCGAAGACAUUGACUCAAUAAAACCUGGUGGCAAGGGGUACAUAUCCUCAGUGCGAGUGAGGCUCUUGCACGCCUCAGUCAGAAGACGACUUAUGCAACUCGAACAACGAAAUCCAGGAUACUUUGAUAUGGAGAAGUGGGGAGUGCCCAUCAACGACUUACACACGAUCGGCACUAUUGCAGUGUACUCUGUGGCCAUUGUUUUCGUUGCUCUUCCUCGACAAGGAAUCUAUCUGAGCAGCCAGCAAACUGCUGAUUACAUCGCUUUAUGGCGAUAUGUCGGAUAUCUUCUAGGAACACCGACGGACUGGAUGGCCACACCAGAACGAGCCAAGGUUCUAUGGGAGUCCAUCUCAGUAUCUGAAGUGGCCCCGUCAGCAAACUCACAGAUUCUCGCAAACAAUAUCCUAACAGCAGAAGCUCGAGCUCCACCACUGAAUCUGCCCCGAGAGGUUCUUGCAGCCCACGCGUAUAAGCUUAAUGGGGAUCAGCUGGCUGGCGCACUUGGAAUUGAAAAGCCAGGCUGGCGCUUCCGUGCUGUUGUGUGGCUCCAGUGUGUUUUCUUCUUCUUCCUGAGUUACAGUUAUCCCUGGCUGCCGACUCGUAUGCAAAAAGAACGAGAACGCAAAUUCAAAUACUUUGCCAACUUUAUGAUUCACAACACAAAAGCGGGCGGCCUGGACAAAUCAAGCAUAUUUGAAUUCCAGUAUCUGCCACGUAUCGGCAUGCUUACAGAGUUGGGCAUAGGUGCGGAACAAGAGGCGAAACUGUCAGGCUCAGAUAAUAACUCAAAAGUCUCAAUCGCCUUAAAGAAGGCAGUGCUUGUAGUUGGGUCAGUUGCUGGGGCCAUGGCGGCGGUGAGCCUCAUUAGAUUCGUAGGCGUAUUGAGUGUACCGCGCCAUCUGUUGUCGGCUGUCUUGGCGCAGCAAAGCCUCGUCUGGGCCGAUUAG